AAGCUCAAUUGAAGCGUUAAUGAAGUGAAGUUUGCGGCACAACGUGCAUCCUUACGACCACUUAAACAGUUACUGAUCAAUUAACCGUUAACGAAGCUGCCAAAUCCAGCACAGCCAAUACGAAACACAGUCAAAGAUAAGGAACCAAAGCCAAUAAUUAUGUUCUCCAUGUGCUCAAAGGUGAAGGCAAGAAGUGAGGAGUCGUUUUUCUCGCCACAGCUACAAAUGCAGCUGCAGCAGCCCGCGGGCACCGGCGGCAAGCAAAUCAAAGGCGGUUACCUUCUACGCUAUAAAAAGCAAAUGCUAUGGAACCGCUGGGCCGAGGAGUGGGUUAUACUGUAUGAUGAUUCCACCAUGGCCUGGUUUACGGAGCCGGGACGUUCAUCGCCAUCGGGCAAAAUAUUGGUCAAGGAGGCGCCCGAGAUGCUGGCCAUUGCACACUGGACCGGCCAGAUACCGCGCCGUCCCCCAUUGCCUGAUGGCGUCAGCGUGUCACAGCUAAUUGCGCUUGGGUCACGUCGCAAGCGCUCCAAGGUCUACUGGAUGCUGGCCAAGUCUGAGAACGAGGUAAGCGACUGGAUAGACGCCAUAACUAAAACUUUGCCGCCGCCGCCGCAAAUCGAAUUGGUCGUGGAUAAGCCGCAACUAAUGAAUGUAUUGCGGCGUCCGCUUGUGCGUAUAAGACCGGCCACCAACUCGGAGGUAAAGAAGCGCAAGUCGGCGGCUCAUAGCACCAGCAGACAUCAUCGCAGCUCCUCGGCGGCUUUGACCACACAGCGCACGCUGUACAAUCAGAAUCCAUUGAUCAAGAGCGAUGCCGCCGUGGCCAUACUGAGCAAGAAGGCGGACUCCAAGGCGUCCCUCGCCUGUGCUCUGCCCUGGGGUCAUGGCUGGGGCUGGGCCACGCUGCCCAAUGGCGUCUGGAGUGGCGGUCUCACCUGGUCGCAGUGCGAGGACACAUUCACCCUCCAUGCACUGCCAACAACUCACUGCACCAAUCUAAUCGAAAAUUCGUGCAGUGGCGCCGUCUACCACACGGACAUUGGCGGCUUUGAUUUUCACUCCACGGGCAUCGAUGAUGUCGGCGGCGAGGACUUCGACUAUGCCAUGGACUGUGGCGAUUUCAUAUUUUAAAUUCAGAAACCAUAAGCUCCCACCUCACUCAAAUACUCACACGCAGUACAGCAGUCGAACCCACCCAAAAACGCGCGCGGCGGAUUAAGAAUGAACACAAAAUUCUAGCAAAAACAAAAAGUAUUGCAUAUUGUUGCAAAAACAAAACAGUUCGAAGAAAUUAGUGAUUAACGCUGUCGUAGUUGUCCUUUUGUGUCAGGCUCUGCAAGUAGCACAUAGCUCUUCAUGCAUGCACACACAUACACACACGCACACACACACACACAUGCAGACACAUUUCUAUACGUAUUCAUGCGUGGAGGGAGGCAAAGUCACGUUGAGUAUACGCAUCAUGGUGCAGCUGCAUGCAUGCUGUGUAUCGAGAAUCUGAAUGUUUGUGUUGAUGCAUGCGUGUUUUGUAUUUUUAAUUGUGUUUGGUGUUUCUGUCUGUGUACGUGUUUGUUGUUAGUGUGCCAAUUACGUAUAGAAUCCAAUUAAGAAGUUAAGCUGCAACAUGCGAGUGUAACACAUUGAAUUAAUUCCAGAGAUGACAAUUUAUCGCAAAUAAUGUAUAUCCAAUAAACUGCACAUUACACACACCUUCGCACACACACUCACACUCACACUCACACUCACACUCACCUAUACACUUAAAUGCACAGCAACGUCCACAGAACGACAGCAAGAAUUUAAUGUACUACAAACAAAAAUGUCUUGACGUGCACCUAAAAGCAGGCAACAUAUUUAGCAUAGUAAGGGACAACAACAAAUUAUUAUGGUAUUAAGCAUCUUUUUAUGAAUUUUAUAACAAAUUCCCCCCGAACAUUUUCGAUGCCGACGAUCGCAAUUGUAGCGUGUGCAAUUUUUAAACAAUUUUAUAGCGCAGCCAAUUAAUCGAAGUUGAUAAAUUGUCAUUUGUAAUUGUGUAGAACAUGCUGGCUAUGUUCACAUACGGCAUUUUUAUAGAUUAGUAUGUAGUUGAGGUGACGAGGUGUUUUGCCAUUGAGUGCGAGAGGGAGAGAGAGAAUGGCCCAAACCAAGCAAGAGGAAAACCAGGUUAAUAACAAAUACACUUGAAUAUACAUAGCUCAGCCUAUUUAUAAUGCGCAUCGGUAAGCCCCAAGCACACCAAGACAGGUCAGUUUCUAGAAACUGAAAUACACAAAAACCCACCCGUACUGAUAAAGUAAAGUUUAUGAAAUAAACAACGUACAUUAACCGCAAA